AUGUGCAGAGGAAGCCUGGGUCUGAUGGAGAGAGGAGAGGGAGGUGCUGGGGGAAAAGGUGGGGACUGAGAGGAGAGAGGAUGAGAGAGGGAGAGGAGGUCCUCAGCAGUUGAGUUGACGGCUGUGAAGUCACAUCAACCUUCAGUUUGGAGAAGCCGGAGAGCUGCUUCAUCGUUUCUGGAGAACUUUCCACACACAGCGUUCCUGCCUCCCUGACAGACGCCUGCAGACAUGAAGAUGCUGUUGUGUUGCUCAAAGGAGGGGCAGACAGAGGAGGCAGUUUAGGAUGAUACUCCUUCAGUUGUAACUUUCCCUCAGAUUCACAGCAGCUGCGGCCAAACGAAAAACCUGAGCACCAGUCCAGCAGCAGAGAGACGAGGGCCAGUGCCAUGGACUGGGAGUUUCAACACUCUGGUGAAGAUCUUUACACUACUGCCUGUGGAAGUGACCGAUGAGGACGACAUGAGACAACAAGAGGACGUCCUUUUUAAAAACCAUACGUUUUAAUCUAUAUUGUUUGGAGAUGUGGGCUGCUCAUCUUUUUCUGGGGGCAUCUCCACAUGACAGAAGCACAGCCAUGAUUUUAUAAGUGUGAUUAAAAAUUAUUUAAAAGACAACCCACCAUGUUUAAACGCUGGCUGCUGGCCAUGACCGCCCGCAUUGGCCUCAUCCUGGCGGGCCUAUGCUGCUGUCUGUCCCUGCUCUACCUCCUGGCGUGUAAACCCGCGUCUCGCCGCAGCCAGCAGGCAUUGCCGUGGUCUGGAGGGACCACCAGCAAGGAGGGAUACCUGGCCUUGUUGCAGGAGAGGGAGGACUCGCACAGACAUUACAUCAACAGCCUGACAAAGCAGAUAGCCCAGCUGAAGGAGGCUCUGCAGGAGAGGACGCAGCAGUUGCAGGAGUCCCUGGAUAAGGCCAAGACCAAAGGGAUUCUGCCUCAGGGUCUGGAGAGUCUGCACAAAACCCCGACCCAGUCUGACCUGAAGGAGUUCUUCCGCUCCCAGCUGAACCAGGCGGAGGUCAACUCAGGUGCGAAGCUGUCCAGCGAGUACGCAGUGAUUCCUUUCGACACUUUCACUCUGCACAGGGUGUACCAGCUGGAGACGGGGCUGACCAGGCACCCGGAGGAGAGGCCUGUGAGGAGAGACCGCCGGGACGAGCUGAUCGGCACCGUGGAGACGGCGCUGCACGUCCUGAAUGGACCUCAGCAGCACACGGACAGCAGCAGGAAACACACGUACUCCCCCUCAGACUUCAUAGAGGGGCUGACCCGUCUCGAGCGGGACAGAGGGACCGUCUAUGAGCUGAUGUUUAAAGGCGACGGGCCGCGGGAGUUCACGCAGCUCGUGCUCUUCAGACCGUUCGGCCCCGUGGUGAAGGUGAAGAGCGAGAGCGUGGACACUCGGAACAUCAUCAUCAACAUCAUCGUGCCUCUGUCCAAGAGGCCGGACGCAUUCAGGCAGUUCAUCAACAACUUCAGAGAAGUUUGCAUCAAGCAGGACGGCCGGGUUCAUCUCACUGUCGUCUACUUCGGUCGGGAUCAGAUAGACCAAGUGAAAGCCGUGCUGGACCAGACCUCCAGAGAGACUCGGUUCAGGAGCUUCACGCUCAUCCAGCUGAACGAGGAGUUUUCUCGAGGUCGAGGCUUGGAAGUGGGCGCCAGGGCCUGGAGGCGGAGUCAGAAUGUCCUGCUCUUCUUCUGUGAUGUUGACAUCCACUUCACAGCUGACUUCCUGACGUCCUGUCGUCUCAAGGCAGAGCCUGGUAAGAAAGUGUAUUAUCCAGUUCUCUUCAGUCAGUACAACCCAUCUAUCAUCUACAGCAAUCACACACUUCUACCCUCUAUUCAACAGCAGCUGGUGAUAAGGAAGGAAACAGGAUUCUGGAGAGACUUUGGCUUUGGCAUGACAUGUCAGUACAGGUCUGAUUUCAUCAACAUAGGCGGUUUUGACCGUAGCAUUAAAGGCUGGGGGUUGGAGGACGUGCACCUGUACAGGAAGUACCUGCACAGUAAGCUGAUGGUGAUUCGCUCUCCGUCUCGAGGCCUCUUCCACCUGUGGCACGAGAAGAACUGUGCGGACGAGCUUCCUCCGGACAAAUACAAGAUGUGCAUGCAGACCAAGGCCAUGAGCGAGGCCUCCCACAGCCAGCUGGGGGAGCUCCUCUUCAAAUCAGAGAUAGAGGCUCAUCUGGACUCAAAGAAGCAGCAGAGCUGAGGAGCACAUUGAGGACUGACUCAGAGAUUGUGAUGAUUUACAUGUAUGUUAUUGUUCUGGUUUUCAUGAUAAUUUAUGGGAGCAUGUAUUACAUGUAUUCGUGUCAGACAACAGGAGGAGAUCACAGAUUUAUUCUUAUUAUUUAUAUCAGAGUGAACAAAAUAGGUUCAGUGACUUGACAUUAAAAUAAAGUGGGUUUGAUUUUGUUUUAUUUUAUUUGUAUGAUUAAAAGUAUGGAGAAUGGCAUCUAUUUGGCUCUCUAAUGUUCUUUUAAAAACUGAGGGGUUCAUCCCAUACG